AAAGUUUUACACCUAUCACAUUUUAGUCCCUCUAAAAUGUAGAAAUACUAUUUAACACCAUCAAAACCCUAGAGUCUUACCGCAGUAGAAAUUUCCUUUCCUUCACAGCACCCUUUUGGACACAUGCUAAACGGCUAAAUCAAACCUAGGCCCUUAGUUUCUCCGUGUAAAGUCCAUUGUUUCGUUUCUUAUAAUUUUUGCUCUCUUUUUCUUGUUUGCUUUUUGGUGUUUUUAGGCAAUCUUGUGUUUGGGAAUAAUGGACGUGGGUAAAUUAUGCUGUAGUACUUUGAGGAAGCAGCUAAUGGCGUGUUCAUUUGUGGAAGUUGCAGUCGUACACACCCUUUUGGCUGCUCAAAAGUCUCUUGCUUGCCUUCUUAUGCUGACAGGAACUCUGUUGAAUGACAUCGAUGGGCUGCCAAACUUGGUGGAAAAAAGGUUUCUCAUCAACAAGCUUCAUAGAUUGGAAAAGCCAGGACCUGAGAACAGUGAUGCCGGUGAUCCAGAGGACAAUGAUGAUGAAGAUGACAACAAUGAUCUGGAUGAUGAUGACGAUGCUGGUGAUGAAGACUUUUCAGGUGGUGAAGAAGGGGGGGACGAUGAAGAAGAAGCAGAUCCAGUGGAUGAUCCUGAGGCUAAUGGUAAUGAAGGCAGUGAUGACGACGAUGAUGAUGACGACGAUGGGGAUGAUGAUGAGGAUGGUGAGGAUGAAGAGGAAGAAGAAGAGGACGAGGAAGAGGAAGAGGAUCAACCACCAGCUAAGAAGAGGAAAUGAAGUAGUAGAUGUUAAUUCUAUGCCUUUUUCUUGGUUGGGAGUAUGUACAAUUAUGAGGGAGGUUUAGCAUGUUUGUCUUCAUGAAGUAGGAAAUCGGCAGCCCUGUUUAGAUUGAACUCCUUAUCAUAAUGUGACCGUAUGUUUUAUGUUCCCUUUUAUGGAUCUUUAUCAGUUGUACUAUUUUUACGUGAUUUUGCAUUUAAAUAAGAAAGAUGGCUUCUUUAUCAGCU